AUGGCAAACAUUGGUAGAAUACUAUGGCUCUCUGAAGGAAAAAUUGUUGUAAAACGUGUACUCUAUAAAAUGUUUUGCUGUUUGACAUUAGCAAUGCGUUUAUUAAUCGUGUUUUUCAUCGUUGCUCUUCUUGUACUUGGUCUAUUAGUUGUUGAUUCUCAACAACAAGAACAACAUUAUCGUCAAAGACGUUUAGCAAGUGACAUUAAAAAGCAUGUAUUUGGCACUGGUAAUGUUAACCCGAAAACAUGUAAAAAAACUGGCGAACAUUGUCAUGGAAAAAAUCAUGUUUGUUGUUCGGGAAAAUGUAAAUAUCGAUUUUUAAGACACGAUAAAUGUCGGUAAUAAACACUGCUGUCGAUCAUUGAGUUUGACAAUUUGACGUCCUUUUUUACGCAUAGUUCAUAGCAUAUUGUUUCGUCUUUCAUAAUAAAUAAAUUAUCUCUUACAUUAGUUUUUUUAUCCAUGAAUAAUGCUGAUACAAUUCUAUUCAAUGACCGAGUAGUAGUAUUAGUGUUGAUUUAUCACAUCAUUCUCCUACCCACUGAGCUGUGGAACGUUAAAUCCCAUUUUUACAGAAAAAAUCAAAGUAUUCUGAAAUGCUUUCGGCGACAGUAGUAACAAAAUAAUAUCACGGCAAAAGAAAACGUGGUAUUCAUGUUUAAGAGAAUUAGAAAAACAAAGGAAGAUCUGUUUUACGUUUGUUCCAUAUAGGAAACUGUUUUUCAGUUUUUAACGAGCUCUUGUAUUUUCCAAAAAGCUCGUAUGUGUUUUCUAAAAACUCCAAGAAUUUAGUAAGAGCUUUUUAAAAGCGUAGUAUCUCGUUUUGAACUCCUCCAAAAUGUGAAAAACAGUUCUGUAUUUGAGACAAGCAAAGAAGUCAUUCUUUUUACAACACAUUAGUACUUAAAAUUUUCGCUUGACUUUCCAACUAAUUUUCAAGUUUAAAACAGUUUACUCUGAAUAAAGUGGCAGAAAAACAAAGAAGCUACGUAAAAGUCUUGCGAUAAAUGAACCUAGAUAGACAUUAUCAUUGGAGAAUGUCAAUUUAGUUAGAAUUAACUAUUAAAAAAAUUUUUUGAACCAACUUUUUACUGCAGAAUCCGAAAUCCAGUUCUAAACUUACGAGGAAUGAUCCCCAACUGAUAAAUCGCUUUUUCAACGAAACCGACUGGACUAUAGGUAGUCGACGAUGCUGAUUCCGAAUACCACCAUGAAUGCUGCCGCUA